AUGAGCGCUCAAGGCCCCGCGGCCCUCCCGCCGACCACAGUGCUCAGCACCAAGCCCAUUUCUCAGUCCGAAGCCCAUGAAUUCCUGGCCAUGUACUUGGAGCGCGCACGAACAGACGCUUCCCUCCAGCCCAACGCCAGCAUCAACGAAAGUGGUCCCGUUUCCCGCACAACCUCCGCGGCUCCAAACUUGAUCCUCCACAACUUGAAGCGUGUACAAGCCGGUCUGGCCGGUGAAGUGCUGGGUCGGGAUCUGACUGUGCAAAAGCAGAAUCCCGGCGAGGACUACUUGGACGUUCCCACGACUGAAGCGACACAAGAUCCCCUUGAAAAUGGGGAGGAUGGCGAGAAAGACGAUACGGAGAUGAAUGACGUGGAGAUGGAGACCGAAGCCGAGGCUUUUGCGCAACAGGAAGAGCAGCAGGCUAGUGUGGACAAGGAAGAGCGCAAGAGGAGAAAGAAGGAGCGACGUCUGGCCGAGAAGAAGGCCAAAGCGAAGAAGGCGGAGGACUCGGAUUGA